AUGAACUCACAAGUCAGCAUUACUAGUGAUCUGCGCAUUGCUGCGAGCGGGAUCUGCAACCGGGUGUGCUCCCUGGAGAGGGAGCGCAAUGAGCGGGCCUGGCCCGCUAACGUGGAUGUAGCAGCUGUCACGACGCAAGCUAUGCCUCUUGUGUCUGCUGUGAAAGAGGUCCUGACCCAUGGGGAGAAAAGUGCAGCGGAGACAGCGACUCCGACAGUACCGGCUCCGGAGGUGUAUGCAGGGGCCGCUGCGGAGAGGAGUUUACGGGGGCAGCAGUCGCCAAAGUGGAGUGAGGUUGUGAAGAGGAGCCGGCGCGCAACAACCGAUGAAGCUAAUGCAGGGGGCUUCCAUAUCAAACGUCUCAGUUCCAGGUCCCCCUGCUUCUACCAGCCCAACCUCAAUUUCGCCAUCGCCAUUGGGGAUCAGGUCUACAUCGCACGCACCAUAGACAUCUGA